AGAACGUUGUCCAUGUAAACAAACAGAGCUCGCGCGGCCAUUACAGUUGAAGAGUUCGACGGAGAGUUUGACGUUUCCAGUUUUUUUUUUCCGCAACCGCCGUCGGUUGUCUGGCCAGUGCCGGUGUGGUGGACAGGGAGAUGAAAGACCCGAGUCGCAGCAGCAGCGCCCCGAACAUGACAGUUAGCAACGACGUCAUCCUCACCAACCAGUUCAACCUGGAGGACAACCCGUUCGCAGAGUACAUGUGGAUGGAGAACGAGGAGGAGUUCAACAGACAGGUGGAGGAGGAGCUGUGGGAGGAGGAGUUCAUCGAGCGCUGCUUCCAGGAGAUGCUGGAGGAGGAGGAGCAGUGGGAGUGGUUCAUCCCGUCCAGAGAUCUGCCCUCCCAGGCCAUCAGCCAGCUGCAGGACCAGAUCAACCUGCUGGUGCUGGGCGGCGACGUCGACAUGUGCAACGACGUCGUGGUGAACAGCAACCUGAAUCCCAACGCUAAGGAGUUCACCCCGGGCAUACAGAAGCACGUCAUGUGACCGCCGCAGGCCGCCGCCCUCUGCACUGUGAGUCAGUGGAAGAAGAUGUGUGUCGUUUCCAGUCGUCACUCCGUUGCACUCGACCUUAGGCCUGACGUGUUGCCAAAGUUCUCCGCUAGCCUUGCAUGUCUACAAGUUUGAGUAACGUUACAUAUGUACAAGUACAGCAUACUUAUAUGCCUAUUUGUUGUAACUCUUUUGAAUGUAUCUUCAAGGCGAGAGGAAGGUUAGUUUCUCUUCGUUACUGGCUGUCGUGUUCGUUCAGUUGAUCCAGGAGGUCCAGUUUCCAGAACAAACAGGUUUUUGUUACAAUCAGCUCUGAUGUCCUAACAGUAGCCCAGCUCAUAAGAGACAGUUUUUUUUGUUUUUGUUUUGUUUUUGCAGUCAUUUUAUUUGAUGUAAUUUUAUUGUGUGUGUGUGAGUGUGUGUUUGCUGUCAUAAUUUCUUUUAGAUCUUUGGGUUCUAGCGUAUAGAAAAGCACUUUGCCUCGUCAGCGUUUUUGUUUUUUAGCGUGAUAGUUUAGACCCGGUUUGGUUUGUUUUGUCCUUUGUGCUCCUCCUCCCUUCAGUUUUCAGACUGUGAAUCUGAAAUGCCACGUCUCUAACCGGCUUACUCCUGUCCCUCUGUGCUCCUGCCGACCCUCAGAGCCGGCGGCAGCGUGCCGCCACGUUAACCCCUUUUGUUUUUGUUGUUGUUUUUUCUAAAUGCACAUAAGUACUGUAUAAAAAGUGGAAUAAAGAAAAAAAGUUGUAAAAAAAAAAAUCUAUUUUUUCUUAAACUAUUUGAAAAUAAAUGUUUAUGGAG